AUGACACCUCAGCAUGGCUUUUCAGUCCCCAGUCGCGCAAAGCGUCGUUUCGCCAUUCCCGUGCCGAGUCGCGACGCCUUCGUCGAGGAGCAGGAGCUUCUUCUGCAGCCGCAAGAUCAGUGCGUCGAGGAGCAGAAUGAAGUCGUCGUCAACGAGCCCAACCCUUUGCGACAACAUUUUACUCUGCUUGCGUUGGGAUAUCUGUCGUUUAUUUUCCUGAAGCUGUCGCCAGGAAUGUUUAAUACAAUUCUAAGCCAGAUUCUAGAAGGAAUUCUCUGCCGACAAUACCACGACACGACCGAUCCGACUUCAGAUCCACGCUGCAAAAACGAGUCUGUGCAGGGGGAAUUAUCCAUAUUGCUCAGUAUGAAGGCUACGUUCGAGCUACUCCCGACAGUAAUAUUUAGCAUACCGUAUGGGUUAGCAGCAGAUGUUUACGGCCGCAAGCCUGUGCUCAUCAUAGCAACAAUGGGAUGUGUUAUAUAUGGUUUAGUCAAUCUUGUUAUCUGCUGGUUGCCUGAGAUAUUCCCGAUGCGCCUGCUUUUGGCAGUGCCACUUGUAUCUGUCAUUGGCGGCGGGCCGUUGGUGCCAGUUAUGAUGGUCUACGCAAUGGCGAGCGAUUCAGUACCAGAGUCACGAAGGUCUGGUGUAUUUGUCGUUUUGUCAACUGGACUGGUAGUUGGGACGCUCAUCAGCGGGCCCGCAACUUAUUACCUUAUGCCUAUUGGAGAAUGGUACGCCAUCUCCAUUGCGCUGGGAUUUCAAGUUCUUGGACUUGUCACAACCUUUUUCAUACCUGAAACGCUGGUCGUGAAGAAUGAGGAAUCUGAUGCCGACAGACCUCGCGACCGCCGCUCUAUGACGGCAAACAUCCGGUCUGGGAGUCAAGAGCUAUUGACGAAAUCAUUCCAAUCAUUGCGCGAUAUCUUCUGGUCCGAUACCACAAUAACACUUUUCGUUCUCAGUCUACUCUUCAUAGAUGUGGGAGAGGAUAUCGGAUCAAUCAUCACGAAGCAAUAUGCGGCUAAGAGAUUCCAUCUGUCCUGGCCCGAGGCUGGAUUUAUCACAUCCAUGAAAAGUUUCGCCCAGUUAGGUCUGUGUCUUGGCGCAUUGCCCUAUGCUCAAAGGGUAAUGCGACAAUCCAACAUAUCAGCUAUCAAGCAAGAUGUAUGGAUCGCUCGAACAUGCUUGGUCAUUCUUGUGAUCGCCUAUUGCAUGGCUGGAUUUGCCGACAACUUGAUCAUGUUUGUCAGCGCAAUCAUCAUGUCAGCAGUCAACUUCUGCCUGAAUCCUGCUCUACGAAGUCUCUUGCUGGCUAUGGCGCACGGAGCUGGUGCAGGUGCCGUGCUUUCGGCAGUCGAGGUUCUGAACGCGAUCAGCGCCGUCGUGGCUGGGCCGGUGAUGGCUGAGGGUUUCAGGCUGGGAAUGGGCUGGGGUGGUAUGUGGCUUGGGCUACAUUGGUUCAUAGCUAUGUUCAUAUUGCUGCCCGGUGCUGUUAUCAUCAUCUGCAUGCGGUUUGAUGCGUUUGAGCGACGACGAGAUUCAUGA